AUUCUCUAUGUUUUUAUCUUUCCUUUUCUAGGCCCUCUGCAAGGGAGGUGCUUAUUUGGGCCGAGAGUCUCAAGGCUCUCUUGGCCAACCAAUACGGCCUCGCGGUAUUCCGCCACUUCCUGAGGUCGGAGUACAGCGAGGAAAAUCUGGACUUCUGGUUGGCUGUGGAGAAAUUCAAGCAGACGUGCCCCCUCAGCAAGAUGGCAGACAGAGCCAACAAAAUCUAUGAGGAGUUCAUCUCGUGCAGCGCAUCCAGACAGAUCAACGUGGAUUCAAACAUACGGGAGUUGACCCAACGGAGCCUGCGUCUGGGCGCUGAGACCACAUCCUUCCAGCUGGCACAGGAUCAGAUCUUCAGCCUCAUGGAGGCCGAUAGCUACCCGCGAUUCCUCCGGUCCCGCCUCUAUGCCCAGCUGGCCAAUCAGGAUGUGGGGCUCGCCGAUAACGGCCAAGCUGAUUCUGCCGAAACGCUCGGUCGGAACCGGACAAGAGAGGUUCUGAUCAUGUGAGGAACCGACAAGUGUAGUUGCAACGUUGUUGUAUGAUGUUUGCGUCACUUGAUCAUAUUUUGUGACUUAUGUCCAUGAGCUUCCGAUCAAUCAAAGGUUCUUAUCGAUCAAAGAUCUUCUGGCUUAAGCUCCAA